AUGGAUUUGCAUGAAAAAAAGCGGCACCAACUAACACCAUGGCUUGGAAGAACAACUGCACAUCGCCGCGCAUUCCCCUCUGCUGAAUUUGCUGCCGCUCAUUCCGAGGCAACGAGAGCUGAAGGUGAGGCCUAUGCAAAUGCUGCGUCCAGGGAUGAAUAUCAGGUUAUUUGCCAGAAGGCAGUUGACGGAUAUGAUAAUCAAGAAGCGCGCCUUGAUAGUGAUGAGGACUAUAGGCAGUGGACCGCCAGAGUUGAAACAGAGAUUGAGUCAAGGCGGGGUGAGAAGAUUGGUUCUUAUCAAAAAGCCGUCCAUGACCAAGAUGGGCUCUUCUCUAGCAUAUAUAAAAGCAAGAAUAGCGACGGGCUACUCGUCGCUCUCAAGGUCACAACUCCCCAUCUCACCGAGCCACCGCAUGAUUCAGAACGCGAGGCGAGACUGUUGAAGCGGGCUUCAAGCAAGCAUAUCAUACCACUCUUAGAAUCCUUCCACGAGGGAGGGAGCCGCUUUGUCUUGGUUUUCCCAUAUAUCAGAUACCACCUUGAUGACCUCCUUCAUCGAGAUCAACUCACAACACGGCAGAUUCGGUCCCAUCUCAGGGACUUGUUUUGCGCGUUGGCGCACAUCCACAAACAAGACAUCAUCCAUCGCGAUAUAAAACCUUCAAACAUUUUGCUGCGGAGUCUGGAUGGGCCUGCGUACCUUGCAGAUUUUGGCAUCGCAUGGUCGCCAGAGGACAAAGCUUCGGAACCGGCUGAUGAGAAGAUCAUAGACGUUGGUACCACAUGCUAUCGUCCGCCGGAAAUCCUCUUUGGGGAUAAAGCUUACGGCACCAGCUUGGAUCUGUGGGCAGCCGGUUGUGUCGUUGCGGAGGCAAUCGAACCGGAGCACCCGCAGCUCUUUGAUGCCGGACCCAUCGGCAGCGAGCUAGCACUGGUGCAUUCGAUUCUCACAACCUUGGGAACCCCGACCCCCGAGUCGUGGCCGUCAAGGAACGAGAUGCCAGACUGGGGAAAGAUUGAAUUCCGAGAAUAUCCAGCACGAACGUGGGAAACGAUCCUUGGCAAGGCAACUUCCCUUGGCCGCGAUCUGGUGAAAAAGCUGGUCAGAUACGAAGCAAAGGAAAGGCUGACAGCCGCAGAGGCAAUGACGCACCCUUUCCUCGAGAUCUGA